AUACAGUGAAAUAUUUGUGAAAUAUAACGAAAUGCAGGAUAUGGAUGUUUUAGUGAAUUUAAUCGAAGCGGUUAAAAAUCAUCCUAACCUUUUCACAAAUUCGACAUCAAAUGUUGAACAUGAUGAUUUCAGAGAAUGGACAGCAGUAGCAGAAGAAUGUAAAAUUACAAUUUCAGAGGCACAGGAACAAUGGAACCUACUUUUGUUGGAAUAUGUUGAAUAUUUAAGAAAUAAUCGUGAUUUCAAUUUGGCCCAGCAUAUGGAUUUUCUACAACCAUAUUUUUUUACUAUAAAUGAUGGUGAAACUAUUGACGAAGAUGAGCUGUUGAAUGCUAUUGAUUCUAAACGAUUUGAUGAAAACAAUGCCUCUAAUUCAGGCAGUUUGAAAAAAGAUGAGGAAACUCCUAAAACUUCAUCAGGACAGCAGAACAAUAUGAAAACUGACCGAAUUGUUAAAUUUGAAUAUACUUCCACACAAUGUAAUCAAAUGACUCAAUCUAUAGCUCCAUCAAACAAUCAAAGCAAUUCUUUUACAAAUUUGUCAUCGUUGGAGCUAAUAUUCCUAGGAUAUGCUAAGCAAUUACAAAAGAUGCCAAUACAACUGCAGGUUAAAACAAAACGUAAGAUUGCCGAUAUUAUGGACGAAGCUGAAGUUCAAAUGAUGAGUUAAAAUAAGUGCUAAAUAUUUUUCAACGACUUUUGAGGAGAGCAACAAAAAACAGUUUAUUUUUAAUAUGAAAACAUGUAAAAAUAUACAUUAAUCUCUUACCCCCAUUAACACGAAGCCUGGUUAUGCUUUAAUUAACAGUUAUACUGUCGGUUACAAUUAUUUUUGUAUGAAAACUGUCAGUAUAACUAUUAGUUAAUACAUAACCAGACUUCGUGUUACUGGGGGUUAGAUAACUUUGAAAUUUGUAGGCAUUUUGAGGUCAUCUGCUCAAAAGUGGUGUAACCCAAAUUUUUUUUGAUGCUGUUCUUAUAUUACAUACUGUCCUUACAUUAACAAUAUCAAUAAAAAAAAGUGGGAUAAGCUACAUUUUUAUAUAA